CAGCAUAUGGUGGAGAAGGCGAGGACCAUGACCAUGGCGCGCAAGCUAGAGAUCCCGCAGUGGAAGCCCGACGGCCUGCUGCCGUCGCCGACGAGCCCGCUGGACCGCGCGUCGCCCCGCGGGUGGCGCCACCGCGACGCCGUCGGGGGCGUCGGGCUCGGGAUCCUCGCGGCGCUGGAGGCCGAGGAGGGCCCGCGCGCGCAGCCCGCCGCCGCGCUGGCGGUGCCGAGGGUGUCCAUCCCGCGUCGCGCGGCGCGGCUGGAGGUGUCGGAGCUCGGGUGCAGCGGGCGGUGCGCCACCAGCCUGUGCGGCGGCGGUGGCACGGCGUCCGCCAGGCGGCCUUCCGCGUUCCGCGUGGCGGAGUUCCUGUCGUGCUGCGACAUGUGCCGGCGGGCGCUGGACGGGAAGGACAUCUUCAUGUACCGCGGCGAGCGCGCCUUCUGCAGCAUGGAGUGCCGGUACCACGCCAUCGUGAGCGACGAGUUCCAGGAGGAGAAGGAGCGGAAGCGCCGCGCCGCCGCCGCCGCCGCCAUGUCUUCCGCCGCCGACGUGCCCAAGAAGUCUGCCGCGGCGGAGAUGGCCGGGUCGCCGUGCAGCGGCAGCGGGCAGAUCUUCUUCACCACCGGCAUCGUCGCCGCCUGAUGAGCCGACGGACGGAUCCACCAUUCCUUCUAGUCUAGUGAUCACCAAAAAAAAAAAUCCAGCUAGAGGAACCGGCGGCCGCUGUAACAUAAACAUGACAACAACAAGAAGAAAAAACCAUAAAAAAAAGCAAGAAGAGAAAUAAGGGUGGGCGUUUGUGUAGAGAAAUGGGUGGGGAAAAUUUGAGGUGGCAGGGGUGUUCAUUGGAUCUGGAUUUUUUUUUUUGUAUGAUUAGUAUUUAGUAGUACUACUAUCAUGGCGAUGAUGAUCAUGAUGACGAUGAUGGGCGAGAUGAGAUGUUUUUGUAGCAGCAGCAGCAGGAGAGAAGGGGGAGGGGAUGAUGACAAAGUUUUCCAAGGAUUGUUGCUUUCCCUUUUGUGUUUCUCCUCUGCUCUGCCAAAAGGAAUAACAUUUGAGAUCUGCCGUCAAUCUACGAGUAUCUGUUUGAUGAA